AUUUUUCCGGAAAUUAUAUCGUAUUUUUGUGCUUAUACUCUUGUUUAGUGUGAUUUAUAUAAAUGGUGAACUGAUAUGGAGACUUGCGUAAGAGGAUUUUCUUUUAUGUCCGAUAACAAAAUUGACUUGGCCGAUUUGCAGGUUAGUGCGUUUUCUUCUCAAUUGUGAUUCUAUUUUAUGAGCCUAAACUUACUUAAAUUGCUGAAGACAAAAUUCAAUAAGCUUGAAAGCCUUCGAUAACUUCGUAGUCAUUUCUGACCAAAAUAUUUAGUUACCAUGACAUUUCUUUACUUUUUACUCAAACGACCUUUUGAUGGUUUUAUUUUACAUAAAGAAAGUUGGGAUACAACAGCUAUUUACAUUAUUUCCGUAAAGUAAAUUAUUCAAGUACGUUUUUAGAAAGCUUAGUUUAACGCCAUCUAUUGACUAAUAGAUGAACUUAUAGUAUAUUGAAGGCGGCGAACUAGAGAGGGCGUGGCGAAGCUCGCGCCGGGAGCGUAUGAAACAACGCGAGCAGAAAAUAUGGGACAAUUUCGUCAAAGAACAGGAUAUCGUCAAAGGAGUCUGUAAUGAUGACCCUUACCAGUUUUUGGAUCAGUUACCAGAAUCUUGUCUGAAAGAAAUAAUGGAACAUGAAUUGAUGAAAAUGACUCAGGAAACUGAUGAGGACCUUAUACCGAAGGAAGUAGUCCAGCACCCCAGUGUGGACAACUCCUCAGGAGACGAUGGACAACACACUUGUGUGGUGACGUUCGCUGAUGAUGUAGACGAGAAGGAAGACUGCGAAAUGUUCCAUAUUUUUGAUGAUGAACCCUCAGGUGAAGAAGAAGCCACGAAUAGUAAUCCCGAGCCGCCAGCCAGUCCGCCCACGGUGCGCGAGAUAUCUCCCUCUGCUAAUGAGUCUCCAGAAAGGCUUAGCCUUGAAAAAACUUCCAGUAAAUCAUCAGAGAACGUGACAAAUGUGAUCGAGAGCAGCAUCUACUGCGCCAAAGUGAGAGAUCUUAGAAUGAAGAUCAAUGAGGAACUCACAGCUUUGAUGACGACACUAGACCGUCGCGACAUUUUGUCGGCUGAGCCUGAUGACAUCGCGCGUAUGAUCAAGCGCUCCACCGAGUUCUGCACGAGGUUCAACAGGAUCUACAUGUAUCAGUUGCAGAGACAGAUCCACGAUAUAAAACGUAAUAACAGCCAGAGCCUGCCGUUUGCGAAGCACACUCAGUUCCAAUCGCAGAUGGUCAGGAUUGUAUCACUGCAUCAGAAUAUGUUGCAGUCUUUUCAGGUGUUUCACAAAUCUAUUUCAUCGACAUGCUGCGUCCGCGAGAGUGCAGCCAGCCUGGGCUCGCUGCUGGCGGCCGUGCGCGACUCCACGCACAUGUGCCGCGCAGUGCCGCCGCCCAAGGACUUCGCGGCCGCUGUGGACUUGUAUACUGAUGAAAUGGUAACCACGUGCGACAAGUUGGAUGAAUUCGUUAACGAAUACGCUCUCAGAUGCGAAGAGUUUCUCAACAGUAUUGAGAAUAUGGCAAGUAUUUCUUUAUAG